UCCGUGUAUACAAGGAUGAGAAGUUCCGCAUUUUCCCUUCAGCUGCAAUGGGAUUCAUUGAAAUGCAAUUUAGCAUUUUCCGAAGCUGAACAUAAUAAUUUAGAUAAUGAGUUUGUCUGUGAAGAGCAAGACUUUCAAAAGCAAUAAAAGUGGAAAAAAUAAGUCAGACACAAUAAUUUGUUAGUGCAUUCGUGAGAUUGUUUUUUUUUUCAGUUUCGUGCGAUGUCUUCCACACAAUCAAUGGUGCUAUACCUCAUGAUUGGAUUGAUGACUCCAAUCGGAGCUAGUGGCCUCCUACAGGCGCUGGAGGUGCCACAAUACGCCUUCGUGUCGGGCACCGCGACGCUGCGCUGCGACUACGACAUGAGUGACACCAAACUCUACUCCCUGAAGUGGUACCACAACGAUACAGAGUUCUACAGAUACGUGCCGACAGAGAGAAAUGGACCGGUCAAUAUUGGCCCAACGGACAUCUUCCUUUUGCAUGAGGUGUCCCGCGACGCCCGCCACGUGACGCUAUCCUUGGGACGCCUGACGGCGGCAGCGACAGGGACGUACAAGUGCGAGGUGCUGGCCGAGCAUCCCUCCUUCAGGACCAAGUCUGCUCAGGCCUUCAUGACGGUCCUCAGUGCGCGCUUGGGUCCCCCAGAAAUAAGAGGCGUGCGCGACAUGUACCAGCCUGGGGACACUAUAGCGGUGACGUGUCAUCACGGCAGAGACUCGCCGUCACAGCCGCGGCCGCGGCUCAGUUGGUUCAUUGACGGCAAAGAGGUCGGCUCCUCGCUGCUGGAGGUGCUUGGUGACGACAAGCACGACGGCGGCUCAGAAGCUCUGAGCUUCAAGGUCUCAGCACAGCAGGUGGUAGAGGCCGGCGGCAGCGUGCAGGUGGAGUGUCGCGCCAGCCUCGGUCCCUUGCAAGACAGGGCCGUCAAAACCCUCAGGGUCAAGAUGAGAGACAACUUCUUCAUCAUCUCUGGGGCUCAGGGUACAAGUCGCGUCGAAGUUAGCUUCAUGGCAGCGACGAUGCUCGCUGCAGCGCGUCUACUCUUAGGGGUCAGCUGAAGCCGAGAGGACAUCAGCUGAGAAGAAAGAUUCAUUGAAUGCUUGUCCAAGCAUGCAGCGUGGUUAAUUUAAGUAUUAUUCAGAAGUUUGCCGAAGCAGGUUAGGUCCAUAUCAAAUAAUCAAUAAUAAUUAUCAAUAUAAUAACUCAUCACAGGAUUAAGAUUAUAUGCAUCAGAAGCUGGUAACAACAUAGCGCUCCUAGAGAAUUAUUAAACUAUUCAUCACCUUAGAGAGCAUAGUUCAUGACGCAAAUCAGCACGCAGGAGGUAAAACAUUGGAGUCGAACAAAACAUAUGAGCUUUCUUGCAGUAGUCGGACUAACAUCUAGUUUUAGAGCAUAGUUAAUAUAUACAAAAUGAUGUUAGGCAACUGUGCGGAAUCAAAAACUCAAUAGAAAAGUUAAUUAUACAAGGUAAUUGAAGCUGAUCAGAAAUUUGUAAAACUCACAGCCCCACCAGCCCUUAAUUUUCCUUGUAUUUGAUACAUCGCAAUUGACGUGAUAACUUUGGCCAUCAUUUACUUAGAGACCUCCGUUUGAAUUUCUCUGCCUCGACGUGGCCUGUUCCCUUCGUGAUAGUAGCUGUAGACAAUGAGUUUUCUAAGCUAUUAUAUAUGCUUAACUAUCGUUUGUGUCGUGUAGCAAAAAUUUGUGCAUGUCUAUAUUUUAUUAACAUGGCUUGAGUGCAUUUUCCACGUCGUAAGACAUAUAUUGGAAUGAUUGCGUUGAAUGUUUGUAGAAGUAUUUCAAGGAAAAUAUUCUGUUUGGUGAUACAAUCGAUGUGAAAAAUUUUUUCGAAUUCCUGCUAACCAAUUUAUAUUUACU